AUGCAGUUAAAUUCUUAUUCAACGGAACUAAGCUUAAUUUCAUAUACGACACGACCUCUCCUCGGUUCUUUCAUUCAAAUGUACCAAUGGGAGCGCUCAAUAUAUCACAAAGGAGCUAUCAUGCCUGAGUCAAGGGGAAGGUACCGGGACAGCGAUUCCGAUGGAGAGAAGUUCUGCAAGCUCUUCAUUGGAGGGCUCAACUACACAACAAAUGAAGAGGCCAUGAAAGAAUAUUUUGAGCCGUGGGGUGAGGUUGUUGAUUGUGUCGUUAUGAGAGACCCCAACACAAAAAAAUCUAGAGGUUUUGGUUUCAUCACAUACAAAACUGAAGAACAAGUUGAUGAAGCACAACGAAACAGGCCACACAAUAUUGACAACAAAGAGGUUGAAACUAAAAGGGCUAUGCCAAGAAAUGAAACAGAUUCUCAAGCAACAGUAAAAAAAUUAUUUGUAGGGGGAAUCAAAGAAGAUACAGGUGAAGAAGAAAUUCGAGAAUAUUUUAGCGCCAAAGGGAAAAUUGAAACUAUAGAUAUGAUUACAGAUAAAGGCACUGGGAAAAAGAGAGGAUUCUGUUUUAUUACUUUUGAGGAUUAUGAUACAGUUGAUAAAUUAGUGCUAAAGAAAUAUCUUGAUUUCAAAGGCAAGCGAGUAGAAGUAAAAAAGGCUUUAUCAAGAGCUGAAAUGAACCACAAUAAACAAAUAAACAUGGGACCUAUGGGUGGGCCAAUGGGACCAGGACCAAUGGGGCCUGGGCCAAUGGGACCAGGACCCCACAUGGGUGGACCUAUGGGACCAGGACCACAUAUGGGACCACCAGGACCUCCAGGCAGAGGUGGUCGAGGAGGCAUGGGUGGUGGCAGAGGUGCAGGUGGCGACUGGCAUAAUUCACCUGGUAAUUACGGCUACGGUGGUGGUGGUAACUUCAAUGGAGGAUAUCACCAAGGACCUGGAAAUUGGGGAGGUCGUGGAGGUCACCCAGGAUAUGGUGGUUAUGGACAUCAAGGCAACUAUGGUGGUGGCCAUGGUGGCUAUGGCAAUCAACAUGGAGGCUAUGGUGGUGGUGGCGGCGGCUAUGGCCAGGGUGGCUGGAAUCAAGGCUAUGAAGGAUUUGGAGGUGGCUAUGGUGGUGGAAGUGGCUAUGGUGGUGGCUAUAGACGAUGA